GCAGAAGAAGAACUCCUCCCUAACCAGGAAGUGCGCUCAAAAUACUCGGUGUCAAAACAAAACAACACUAGCCUGUUGAUCAGCUGAAAAUUAUUCUCUUGUGAUCUCUUUGAAUCAUCCUCGCCUCAACAUGGAUGGUAAGUCACCUUUAACAGCUUAAGUGACGAUUUUGAUCGACCCUGCCUCUGUUUUAAUCCAAAAAACGAUGUCGAAACAGAAUGCUGUUACUAGCCUGUUAGCCUUGGUGGGUGUAAGCUAAGCUAGCUGUCAAACCGGUUUCUGACAUUUAGUUCAUUCGUUUAUCAAAUAUAAUUUUAUUAGGAGACUUCUUAUGCUUUUGUUUUGAAUCAACCUCUUGUUUUAACGCUGAGCAUUGUCACAGAAAAUAGCAGUUGGACAUCUAUGUAAAUCAGAAAUGUGAUCUGAAUAGAUACGACAAACCCAGGGGAUCCAGAUGCUUCAGUUUCCAGGAGAGAAACACAAAUAUGUCAAACUUAAGAACACAGGAGAUAUAUUCUAUGAAAAUAUGAUCUUUUUGAGUUGUGUUGUGAGAGCAAUACUAAUAAAAAACAUGUACUGACAGUUCCCUCUGUCCACGUCUCUAACUCUGGUGUUUUUCUGUCCCCACAGACAUGAUGUUUAAUCUAAGGGUAUGUAUGUAUGUUUUUGGAAAGAUUUGAUCCAAACCUGCUUGCUUCAACUAUGUUUUCAUGAUCAGUCAUUUUCUUUUGUUUGGUUCACAGUUCACAUCCAAGCAGCUGGAGAGACUCGCUAAGAAAGCAGAGAAAGAGUCUGAAAAGGAGCAGGCCAAAGUGAAGAAGGUGAGAAGGCCCCCCUGAUUUUUAUUUCAAAUCAACCAAAAAUACCCAGAAUUGAUUUUUUAACCACUGGUAGAGAGAGCAGAGGGAGAAAAUGUGCUCCCCGAAUAAAACUGAAGCAUAUUUUCACUAACUGAUUGUUCACUAAUAAUGUUUGAGGUGAAUUUGACUGCACUCAGGUGAAUUUAUUAAAUAUUUCCACCGUCAGCAUUGCUCUUUUUACAUGGUGCCUGUGCACUGUGGUCAUGGCUGGCUGUGCAGACAGACAUGUUGUUUUGAGCAAGAAAUAAAGCAUUAAUUGAUUGCUAUUUGUAAAAAUGGCUUUAAAUGCUGCAGUCCUUAUUUUUUGAUCAUGUCAUGAAUUAAGAUGUAGUACUCAUUUAGGAACUUAUGAAGAAAAUAUCUCCUAAAAUGUCUUAAAAUAACAUUUGUUUUCACACCUGUUAGGUCAGCAGUGUAAUGAGGGAAUUGAAAUAGAAAACACUUGAGUUUUUUUGUGGUUCAGACAUCAUCCAGUCGGCUUGCUUUGUACAGUUGACUUAAUUGUAUGUUUUUAGACCCAUUAGGACUCAGUCACUGAUGCUAUAAGUAUAAAUGCAUACAUAUAGAAAACAAAAUAUCAGACCAUAUUGAUUUUAUACUGCAUUUGAGACCUUGAAAAUAAUCUUUAUUUAUACAUUUAUGUUCUUUUUCAAUUUGUCUGAUAACAAUUUACCGCCCUUAAACAUCCUUUGGGAUUGAAAUGUGUGCGAUCAGAUUAUUCAAUAAUCUUAACUGGUCCAAUAUAUUCAGCAGAUUGUCCUUCAUUUUGAGCAGUAAACAUAGAGUGCUUGAUGUUGAUAUCUUGGAUGUUAUAAUAAUUGCCUAUUCUUUAAGGAGGUAAAUGAUUCUGUUCUGAGGUCAUCAGCUAUAUCUGUUUCUGUUUCAAAUGCAUGUUUGGUUUAGUGAUUCCAGGAAAGACAGUGAUGUUAUGUUUCUCUGUUGUUGUCAUCAUCAUCAUCUGGCAGCAUAGAGAUAUUUUCCUGUUGAGUCAUGAAAGUCUGCACUCUUCCUCUAUCUCGUCUAACAGCUCACACGCAUUUGAGACAAGGAGAGAGCUGCUGCGAAUGCUGCCGGUUUUAUGACUGCUAAAAGCAUUAUGAUUGGCUUUAUUACUGACCUAACAGUAAACACAUCUAUAAAGAAUUUAUCCACAUUGAAACUAUUGCAUUAGAAACCAUUUAGAUAGUUAAAUAGAUUUGGAAAAUAAGGAUUCAUGUACAGUGAGCAGGUUCUCAGGGCAGAUUAAAAAUGGCAACAAUUCAAUAGUACCCCAAAUCUUUCAGCCGACUGAUAUGAUUACAUUAAGCCCAGCAGAGUGUGGUUCUAUUAUCCCUCUGAUACAGCUUCUUACAGCUUUACAUGAUUUACAGUUCAACAAAUUGUUAACAUAUUUCAGACUGUAUUCUUUGAAAACACACAUUUUUGUCUGAACAUUUCAUCGAAGCCACUGUUUUUUAAAGUCCCUCCCACCUCAAUGAAGAACCUCAAGUUGUGUUACUUUUUAUACAUUUGCAUCUUUGAAGGAAAUUUGUUAUCUGGUGAUGUCAAGACGUGAGCAAAUCUCAUAUUGAUCGCUCUGGACUCUCAUGUGAUUUUUUUUAACAAGCCACUCAGAGCACCCUGUAGACUCAUCUGGGGAUUACUGCAACACAAAUUAACCUUGAAAUCUGAAACUCUGCACAUGUAGAGUACUGACGUCCAACAUUUUAACCCAGCAGUUAAAAUACAUUUAUAUACUGUAACUAAAUUACAGAGACAACUUUUUUUAAUGAUAGCAGUGUCUUUGUCUCACCAAUAGGCUUUGCAGCAGAAGAAUGUGGAUGUUGCCCGAGUGUAUGCAGAGAACGCUAUCAGGAAAAAGAAUGAAGGUCUUAACUGGCUGCGUAUGGCGUCUCGAGUGGAUGCAGUGGCCUCCAAAGUCCAAACUGCUGUCACCAUGAAAGGAGUAAGUUACAGUGUGCACCCAUUUUAUUCAUACAGUACAUGCCGCUUUGGAUUAUAACCUGUUACUGUAUGUCUAAAUGCAGGUUUAUAAAGCAUCUGUAGUCAUGUUAACACAUCACAACACUGUCAGUCUUUUGAUAAUGUAUAGGAGCUGUUUUGUCUUUCCAAACACACACUAAAGGUUUGUGUCUUGUCAGGUAUCCAAAAAUAUGAGUCAGGUGACAAGGGCACUGGACAAAGCUCUAAAGUCCACGGACCUCCAAAAGAUGUCUGCAGUCAUGGAUAAGUUUGAAAGCCAGGUUGAAAACCUGGAUGUUCACACUUCAGUGAGUGGAUUCAGAUAUUGUCUAUUUCCUUUUGUUCAUCAAGAAGUGUCGAUUGUGUGUGAGUGGCCAACAAUCUUUGGUCAGAUGUUUUGUUGUUAAGACGCUAAAGACCACACACACCAGGCCUUACAUACUUUGAGCCAUCCCUGUGUGAUCCACCAUUGUCUCGCCUGCUCCAGGUGAUGGAGGACUCCAUGAGCUCAGCAACAACACUGACCACCCCUCAGGACCAGGUGGAUGACCUAAUCCACCAGAUAGCUGAGGAAAGCGGGCUGGAGGUGAUGGACCAGCUUAGCCAGCUGCCUGCAGGAGCUACUUCGGUGGGUGCAGAAAGCUCACAGGCCCAGAACAAGGAGGACCAGCUGUCUCGCCGGUAAGUAACAGCUUCUCUAGAUGAUUGUGGUAUUGGUAAACAUACACAGGUAGAGAUUAAAUGCAGAGUGUGUGUGUGUGUGUGUGUGUGUGUGUGUGUGUGUGUGUGUGUGUGUGUGUGUGUGUGUGUGUGUGUGUGUGUGUGUGUGUGUGUGUGUGUGUGUGUGUGAAGGAGAGAAGUGAAUCCUGCCAUUCUUCACCAAGCAAUACUGACGUCAUUGGAUUCAGACUAACAAGAAGCACAUGAGCAGUUACAACAGAACAUGUGAUCAGGAAAUUAGUUAACAUAGCAACCCUCCCUACACACACACACACACACACACACACACACACACACACACAAUUGAAGGCAAAUGCUCUGGGUUCUGUCUUCUGUCUUAAAUCUAAGACAAAGCAACACACAGUGCAGUCCAGCUGUCACUUCUUGGUUCUGACCAAAGCAGUUGUUAUUUUUCUGCCCAACACCCACACAGGGUAAGAAGCAACUGUCCAUGCACCCACCUGUGUGUUCUCAUCGAUGUGUAGGCAUCAAACAUGCUCACUUCGUCUUUUUUCACGCCUACUUCACCUCAUACGGCUUCUGUGGAUUUCUCUUAGAGACUUACUAGAACCAAAAACAUCAACAUGAGCUUGACAAGGCCUGUGAUCCACACCGGGCACUCUCUGAUGCAUAGACUGAAAUGUAUAUGCAUGCAUUCAGAUGCUCCAUAAAGGAAAAUUGAUUGACAGCCUCAAACACACUUACUAAUGCAAACAACAACAGCAUCUUUUUACUGGGAGGUGCACUUAUCGUUACUGCUCCUGAGAAAUAUAUUCUGCCUUCACUUAGCAUUAUUUCAUCCAGUGGCAAAUGUGAGCUCUGCAAGUACAUUUACACAAAGAUAUUAUAUGAGGUGGAAUGUAACUCAAAAAUGUCUCUAAAGACUCUUGUCGUUUUUGUAAGGUGAAUAGAUAAGAUCAUCAGGUGAAUGUAUAUUUGUUUAAAUUAUAAUCACCGAAUCUGUCUUUGUCUUUGGCUCAGUCACUCGCUUAAGAUAAUUUUGCUUUCAGUCAUAUCACAGAGUAUCUCUAGAAAUAAGAGCACAUAAAUAGGGAAUGAGAGAGCAAGAGCGAUUUUCACAUGCCAACCAGUCAGCCGCUCAUUAGGGAGGUGUAAAAGUAAAGUGAUGUUGUUACUUUCUCACUGCUGUCAGACUCAAAGAGUCUACAGCAUGAAAAGAGAUUCAGUAUGAUCAAAUCUAUUUAAAAGAAAUUUACUGCAGAUUUAUAACCAUUUUAUGAUCUUCAGAUUUAAGUGAGGGUUUGGAAUUUGUUGAAAAAAUGAAAUUGUCCACAAUCAUUCAAGAGCCUUUUAACACAACCACAGAGCCAGAAGUGAAUGCAUUUAUUUAUUUUUUUCAAACCCCAAUUCCAGUAAGGUUGGAUGUUGUGGAAAACUAAAUAAAAGCUGAAAUCAUUGAGUUGCAAAUCCCUUCAACCUAUAUUUGAUUCAGUACACAACAAAAAAAGAUAUAUAAUCGUCAAACUGAUAAAUAGGGUAAGGUCCACCACUUCGUAAACAACUGCGUGAGCAAAUAGACCGACAGUUCAAGACCUGCCUUUCACAACGUACAAUUACAGUAAUUAAGGGAUUUCAUCAUCUACAGAUAACACCAAAACAUUCAGUGAAUCUGGAGAAAUCUCUGUACAUAAGCAGCAAGGCCCAAAACCAACAUUGAAUGCCUGUGACAUUCGACCUUUGAAAACCAUCAUCAGUUAACACAGUUUGUUGCUAAACUUCCAAGUGCAAGUUCAAACUCUACCAUGCAAAGCCAAAUCCAGAUGUCAACAACACCAAGAAACAUCUCCAGCUUCUCUGGACAAAGUGGGAAAGUGUGCUGUGUUCUGACGAGUCUGGAUUAAUAUUUUUUGGGGAAUCGUGGAGGUGGCGUCCCUCAGGCUAUAGAUGAAAAGGACCAUCCAGAUUGUUAUUAGGUCAUAGUUCAAAGCCAGCGUCUGUGAUGGUCUGGGGGUGUGUCAGUGUCCAUGGCAUGGGUAACUGUCACAUCUGUGAAGGCUCCAUUAAUGCUGUGAGCUACAUACAGGUUUAGGAGUAACAUAUGCUGCCAUCCAAGUCGCGUCUUUUCAGGACACCCCUCCUCAAAGACACAUUUUGCAUGUGUUACAACAGAGUGGCUUCAUAGUAGAAGAGUGCAGGUACUAGACUGGCCUGCCUGUUCUCAGUUCCCAAACACCUAUUGAGUGUUGUUGAAAGGAAAGGCGAGGUAACACAGCAGUAAACAUGCCCCUGUCCCAGCUUUUUGUGGAACAUGCUGCUGCCAUCAAAUUCAAAAUGAGUGAAUAUUUAAAAAAAACAAAAAACAAUCAAGUUUAUCAGUUUGAAAAUUGCAUAUCUUGUCUUUGUAGUGUCUUCAAUUGAAUAUGGGUCAAAAAAGGAUUUGCAAAUCAUUGUAUUCUGUUUUUGUACACGUUUUACACAACAUCCUUACUUUAUUGAAAAUGGGGUUUGUACAGUUAGCUCAUUAAUAAAACCUGGGACAUGCAGUUUGUCACAUGUUCAGCUCAGCUCUCAUUUCACAAAGGCUCCAAAUAAUGAAUCUCUCACACUUCUUUUUCACACCUCGCAGGUUGGCUGCUCUGCGAAACUAAGCACUCUUCCAGGAGAGGCGACGGCCGUUUACAGCUGCGUGGAAGCAGACGGCAACACGAGCUGUGUGUGUGUGUGUGUCUCUAUUGAACUGUUCUACCAAGAGAACUUAAUGAGCCUAUUGAUUACCAUCCCCCCGCUCUAUAAAUACACACACCGUCCAGAAAUACCACCUGAGAAGGCUUGAACCUCUCCCUGGUUCACCUUCUUAUUUCGAUCCAUUUAUUCCCGUCUCUAUCUUCCCCUUUAAUUCCCCUUUGCAUCUCAUUUUACUCUCCCUCUCUCUCUCCCUUUCCCUCCUUUCCUUUUUUAUCCCUCUUCCUCCAACACCUCCUCCAUUCUCUGGCUCUGACAUCACACACUCUGGAUGUAUGCUAUGUAAAAAGAAGUAAAACAACUUUAGGAACUGUAUAAUGUACAUUGAUGGAAACAAAACUUUAAAUAAUCAGUUAUAAUGAUUAUAAGGGACAGGGUGGGUCAAAGAUGCAUCUCCAUGGUAUUUCUAUUUCUUUGGGCUCUGACACUAUGAGGUGGUAUGACUAGGUGACUGAUGGGAGGAAGGAGACACAAACAUGAAAUCUGGCACUUGCAAAUUUAAGUUAUUUUUAAUGAGGGAUGUCCCAAUAACCUUUUUGGAUCCGAAUUCAAUUGUUUUAAUAUCAAGUUCCUGUGGACAUUGAGCCCUGACUCCAUAAAAAUGAUAUGUUUGACUAGAUAAUAGAACAUCGCUUUUUUUAUUGUUGGUCAGAGAUAAAAAGUUCACUCAAAGAUGUCCUUAGCUUAAAUUAUUUAACUUAUUUCAACUAACAAGGUCAUAAAACUCACAUAAGAUCAAAAUUCUUCCCCAGAUAGUUCAACUUUACCAUUCAGAAACAUGUUUUAUCAUGUUUUAGAUCAUCUUGUGUGUUGUUGCCAGCUUUGCUGUACGGCUUAGGUAAGGUGAAACCAAGGGACUGCAAACAAACCUGCAUCCUUCACCACAUUCAUCAUUUUCUUAUUGAUCUCUUCAGCUUUUUGUUCUCUCAAGGAUUUUUAUCCUUCCCUUUAAAGCUGCUGUGAAGAACUUUUGGUUUGAUCAAACCUUAUGGCUUUGUUGAUCUACUUCUGUACAUGCCAAGGAAGUUUCAGUCUGUUUUACAACCAGUCAAAAACUCCUCACAGUGGCUUUAAAAUGUCAUGUCUGCCACAAAAUGUGCUCAGAUAAUGACGGCUGAUCUGAUAGUUGACAUCAGGAUCGGGACAUCCUUCGCUGUAAUGAUGGUGACACUAAGGCUACAUCCACACUAAUCUUUAAUUUUAAAACACAUCACGUUUACUGUAUUUAUGGCUAGCAUCCACAUUAUUCCAAAAUUUCACAGCACCUUGAACUGAGACGGUGCUGAAAAUGUUAAAGUAAAAAUGUGAGAACAGUAACACUCACUGAUUACCUCUGCUGAUCAGGUUGAAUUUGUCAAGAGAGCCCAACUCAACAUCAUUAACCGUCAAUAUGCACUUACGAUCUUAUUGGCUAUUCUGCUGUUGUGCAGUUUUAUUCUGCUUUAUCUUGCAGGAGGCAGGCUGAUAUUUGUGGGGUUUCUAUGUUUGGUGCUCCAUCAGCCUCACAUAGUGUUCUGCUGUUUUGCGUUCAGGAACCUGUGCCUGCUCUGUGAUCCUCCUCACCCUGGCAUAAACGGUCAUGAGAUACAACAUUUAUUUUGUGGGUGAUCAGUUUAGUGUAAAAUGCAAUUUCAAAUGGAGAAGUAGUCACGUGGAGUUGGCCUGACAGGGUCUCCUUUCCUCAUCAGAUUUAUCUGAGUUAAACCUGCUUCAUGUUCUUACACCAUCAGCGAACAAUCUGUUUGUGUCUCAGUGUCAAAAUGAUUGUUCCGGUGUUCUGCAUUAUUUUAUUCUGGUUUGUGGUCUGCUCUCUUGCAUGUAUUCCUUUUCUUUUUGCUUUGAAUGCCUUAUUUGGGAUGAGGGGAUUGCAUAGGUGCUUCCCUUUUCAGUGCCUGAAGGAUUGUAGAUCAGAGAGCGCACAGCAGCACGGAGAAACUCCUCAGACAUCAAUCAGUCAGAUUCAAAACAAAGAAUUUUCUGCUUCUCUUCCUGCCAGAUGAGGUGGGGAUGUUUUGAUCUGGGUCUUCUCCACCCUCCCUUUAAAUCUGUCUGAGCUGAGUUUAAGCUUGUGCUGCUGUUGUUGUCAUAGGUGGACAUUGUUUUAUCAUUGUGUUGUGUAAUCUCUUUGAGUUAGUGUAGCGUGAAGUUGUUUGAUGUUUUUUGGUGGGAGGUUUAAGGUGUUGAAGUACUCCCACACCAACACACAGAUUUUUUUUGGAAACUUCUCUGUGUCAGAAUUAAUUAAUCAUCCUGGAGUGUCUCUUUCCAUGAGGAGAAGACAUCAGAGUAACUAAGCAGGGAUGUACAUGCUGGACCUUUUUAAUACAACAAGAGUGAGAUACUGCCCCUCAUUUACCUCGCUGGCUGCAUAUUUGUUUGCAAAGGCAAUUUCUGAUAUUUCAGGUAAAUGCAGAAGACAUUUGCAUAUAUAGCAUGAUAUUUAAAAUAGGUGAGAAAUGUAUAGAGACUGCACGAAUUAACAAAAUUUUUUUUAUACCAUUGCUCUGCAUUGAGAUGACAUUUGAGGUCUUUUACUGGUAUCAUUGCCUCCUUCUUUCAGCAGUUUAUUUGAAAGUAUGAGGUCACACAUCCACCUGUGAUAGCGCAUUUUCAUCCUCUGACCAUUAUUUCAUUUUUUCAGCCCAUUUUAAUUACACAGAAAGUUUAUUUAUACAUAAAGUUCAGCAGAACAUUGCAGCACUUUGUUUUGUACAUUAAUCUUCUGAAAAUAAAAUCUUGCCCUCUGAUGCAUUUGAGUCUGGUGGUUUUUGUUUGGAGUGUAUGCAAAUGGAUCGUACUUGAAC